CAGGUAUUCAUGGCAUAGAAAUGUCGAUAUCGCUAGACCGCAAGACGGUCGCGAUAUAUGCGGGCGCCGUCUUCCUUCGGCUACUGGUAUUUUAUGCGUUGCCAGAUCUCCCGGACUUUUUAAGCACGCAGGUCGAAAUAUCCACGCCAAUAUCGAGCUUUAAACGACUUCAAGAAGGGCUAUUUCUUUAUCAAAACGGACUGUCACCCUACGAUGGCGGAGUCUACCACCAAGCACCAUUGCUGCUAGUAAUAUUCGAGAUAUUACCCUCGACUGUGGUAUUUGUUGGACUCGACGUCUUGAACGCGGUCGCUCUACAUACAAUAGCCGACAGUCUACGCUUACCAUCACCUCGCUUUUCAAGACUGGACGGAUCUUUGAUUGCCGCCGCAUAUUUGUUCAACCCAUUCACGAUACUCUCCUGUCUUGGCAAGUCGACAAGCAUCUUUACCAGUGCUGCCAUCAUCCAAGCAGUCCUCAAUGCCCAGUCUGGAAAUGCCGUACGAGCCAUGUUUGGACUGGCCAUUGGCACCUACUUGUCGAUGUACCCUGCUCUCCUGCUACCACCGAUUCUACUCAUGAUUCACCAAAGCCAGGGAAAGUCAGCAACGUUGACGACCUCAACCAUUUCCUUUGCAGGUGCAAUUGCGGCAUUACUUGGCACGACUCCUAUCUUGACGAACAAUUUCGGAGACUUCCUCGCAUCCUGUUACGGAGCUCAAAUCACGGUCCCGGACUUGACACCGAAUGUUGGGUUGUGGUGGUACUUUUUCAUUGAGAUCUUCGACUCAUUCCGAGACUUUUUCAUUGGAGUUUUCUGGUUGCACCUGGUGGGUUAUGUUGGAGGAAUGACACUGCGACUGCAAAACCAACCGCUAUUCGUCGUCACUAGUCUAUUGGGGCUAAUGGCAAUCUUCAAGCCAUACCCAAGCAUUGCCGACGUCUCAUUGUAUCUUGGGUUCCUCCCAAUGUAUUCCCAUGUCCUGCCCUUGACACGAUACACCUUUAUCGCUGCUUCGGUCUUGUUGUAUUCGACGCUUCUUGGUCCAGCAUUUUAUCAUCUGUGGAUUUAUGCUGGAUCAGGCAAUGCUAACUUCUUCUAUGCCAUCACAUUGGUCUGGAGCUUGGGUUUGACCAUCCUCGUUGGCGACACGUUGUUUGCCGUGAUGCGCGAGGAAUGGGAAAUAGAGAGACCCGAGAUGAAGGGCAAAGCUGCUCGACAAAUAUAGACCCAAUAAGAUCAGCUUGUCAAAGGUUUCGACAAGAUGAUGUAGGUUGGUUCUUUGAUUGUGCCGUUUCGCAGUUUACGGGCCCUGGGAGAAAACUCGUCCUCGGCAUAGCCCAACUUGAUGUACCAUUGAACUGCUCGAAUAUUGGCCUUGAAGACAGUCAGC